AAAGUUAGAUUUAAAUAAUUCCCACUUACAAUCUUGACUGUCAGCAUUGCCUUCACUCACCAUAGCUCACAGUUGCAGACAGACGCCAACAUGGUUCCAGCAAUAAAUUACUCCAUAUUUACAUCAACCUCCAACUUGUUAAUUAAUCACUGAAAAUCCUUCUCCAUUAUUGGGCUUCUACCAAUAUCUUGCAAUUUUCAAGAAAAAACACCACGUGCCCCUACCAUUUCGAUACUCCUCAAUUCAGCCAUCACCGUUUCAUAUUCCCAAUAAAAAUCCUGCAUUUUUUUAUUUCACUUUUUUGUUGGAUUUUGUUGUUCUCAAGCUUAACUGGGAUUCUUGAAAGUGUCAUUUUCACACCGCCUCCGAUUUCCAUGAAUUAAUUACUCAAGGCAAGCAGCAUCAAAAUCCAUGGCAAUUUCAAGAUUCAUUCUGACACUCUGUUUAUCAUGGAGUUUCUUGAUUUGGGGAACGCAGCAGCUUCAAUCCUCUCAGACCCAAGUUCUUCUACAGCUGAGAAAGCAAUUAGAGUAUCCAAAGCAGUUAGAUUAUUGGCUAACUCCUGGGAUUGAUCUCUGCUUUGCUUCUACUGCACAAGUGAACAUCACAUGCCAAGACAGCAUCGUAGUUGAGAUCAAAAUAUAUGGUGAUACGAAGACGAGGCCACCUAGUUUUGCUGGAUUCCCAAUUCCUCACCAAACUUUGUCUGGUAAUUUCUCCAUGGAUUCACUGGUUGCCACCUUGUCCAGAUUGAACAGUUUGAGAGCUCUAACUCUGGUGUCAUUAGGCAUCUGGGGUCCGAUUCCGGUCAAGAUUCAUAGGCUGCAUUCUCUUCAAUUAUUGGAUUUGAGUUGGAACUUUCUGUUUGGAUCCGUUCCUACAACUUUUCCAAGAAUCGUCAGCCUUCAAGUUCUUAAGCUUGAUGGGAACUUCUUGAAUGGCAGUUUUCCUGAUUGGAUCAAUCCGUUUUCGAAUCUCACGAGCUUGAGUUUGAGGACCAACGGUCUCGAAGGUCCAUUGCCACCUUCACUACAGAAACUAACCACAUUGACCGAUAUCAAUCUAUCGAACAAUGUGAUAUCUGGGAAGCUGAUGGAUCUCAGUGGUUUAUCAAGCUUAUAUUGGAUGGAUUUGAGCAACAAUAAGCUGGAUUCCGGGCUUCCAAGUUUGCCGAAAGGCGUAACUGCCGUUAUACUGAGCAACAACUCUUUCUCAGGGAGAAUCCCUGAGCAGUAUGGAAAGCUGAACCAGCUUCAGCAGCUUGAUCUCUCUUUCAAUGCUCUUACUGCGGCAGCACCUUUAGCGGGGCUCCUCGCAUUGCCUAAUAUAGCUUCGCUCAACUUGGGGUGGAAUAUGCUGAGUGGAUUGCUUCCACCGCGUGUGAGCUGUGGGAGCAAGCUUCAGUUGGUUGAUAUAUCCAAUAAUAGACUGAGAGGAGCGCUGCCGUCUUGUUUGAGCUCUAAUGUGAAGAAUACAACCGUACGGUUUAGUGGGAAUUGCUUGGUGACCGAUCCAAAGCAUCAGCACCCUGAAACAUACUGCGCGGCUAUCCUGCAAGAGAAGGCGAAACCUGAAGAGAAAAAAAGUGUGGGAGUGUUGAUAGGUGUGAUUGGUGGGAUUGGUGCAGUGGUGGUGCUUCUAGCCGUCGGGUUUCUUGUGUUUUGCCGCAAGUAUUGCCCUCAUGGGACGUCGGAGCAGCACUUGCUGCAGAAGGCGGUUCAUGAUAAUUCUGUCACCGGAGAGAUUCUGAGCAGUGCUAGGUAUAUUUCUGAUUCGGCAAAGCUAGGCGUGCAGGGUUCACCAGCUCAUCGUCCGUUUUCGCUAGACGAGUUGAAGGCAUCUACCAACAACUUUGAUACUUGUGCCUUGAUGGGCCAAGGUUCCACUGGAAAGAUAUACAAAGGAAGACUGGAAAACGGCACCCUGGUAGCUAUACGGUGCCUGGUAGUGUCGAAAAAAUAUACAAUCCGGAAUCUGAAACUGAGGCUGGAUUUGUUGUCUAAGCUCCGGCAUCCUCAUCUUGUGUGCUUCUUGGGACAUUGCAUCGAGAGUGAAGGAAAAGAAGUAUCUGGUGCCAACAAUGUGUAUCUCAUCUAUGAAUAUGUACCAAAUGGCAAUUAUCGAGCUCAUCUUUCUGAAACGAACCCAGAGAAGGUGCUGAAAUGGUCUGAUAGGCUGGCUAUAUUAAUCGGCAUUGCCAAGGCCGUCCAUUUUCUGCAUACUGGAGUGAUUCCCGGUUUCUACAGCAACAGGUUGAAGGCAAACAACAUCUUGCUAAACGAGCAUAGGAUUGGAAAGUUGAGUGAUUACGGAUUGUCUGUUGUGGCUCAAGACAUUGAUAAAGACAAGGAGAAAGAAGGAGCCCUGAAAUCAUGGGAAACGAAGAGCCUAGAGGAUGAUAUUUAUAGCUUCGGUAUGAUACUGCUAGAGUCGCUUGUUGGGCCCUCGCUUCGUGCAAGAAAGGAGUCAUUUCUGGUUUCCCUUGGAAAUGCAGAGGGGCAGAGGCGAGUCGUUGAUCCGACGGUGCUGGCAUCUUGCUCUCAAGAAUCACUUUCCAUCGUUAUAUCCUUGACGAUCAACUGCAUUUCUGCGGAGUCAUCGACUCGACCAUCUUUUGAGGAUGUUCUGUGGAACUUGCAGUACGCCGCUCAACUGCAGGCCACGCCAAAUGUUGAUUCCAGAACUGGGAAAACACUAGUGUCUCCAUAACUUAAUUCUCUGCUGUAUCUAUGUGGAUCUUCGUAUCUAAUAAUUUUGAUCACUGUAAGAUGCCUUUCACGCCUUCUCAACUGUAAAUCACGUUUGCCUGCUACUAUACUUGCUUUCAUUAGAAUACUUCGACUCUAAAACUUGCUCCCA